AAUGUCGAAGGAUCCAAUUUCCAGCUUCUGCAGCACCUUAGCUUCCUUCUGCAACCACCUUCAAUCCAGCUGCGAUGCCCUCAAAGAGUCCCUCGAUCGCCGACCCAUUCCUCUUGAUUCUGCAUCGUCGACCUUCGUACAAUGCCUUAAUCGCCGCAUCUCGAGCGCAAGCAGCGACCUGGAGCUGCUUGAUUCCAUGUCUUUCGGCACUGUGUCUUUCGAGGAGCUCUUAGGUCACUGCAAUGAACUAUACAAGAAGAAUCAAAGCGAUCUAUUUGAACUCGAAGAAAGUCUCAGAGGCUACGGCUAUAAUCCCAUUCCUGAUAUCGAUGAUGAAGACGAAAUUCAUGAUAUAUCGAGAUCGAAUGAGCUUUCAGGUUCCGAAGAUGGCCUGCAUAACUUGUCUUCAAUCUCUGGAAAUCUCUCUCGAGAGGAUUGUAGAUUCAAGAGUUUGGGAGAAGAUGCUCUACUUGAUGAAUCUCUGAGCUUAAAAAAGCUUGGACUGUCAGAUGCAUGUUUAGCUACCUUAGCAUGUGAAGCUAAUGGAACUUCAAAAGAAGUAAAGAUGCUCAGUAUGACCGAAGGACAAGAACUUAAGAGUGUGUCAUCCGAAGAAAGGAUGUGCUUGUCCCACGAGGCCAAGACGAGGAACAAAGAGUCAGCUGAAGCUCCAUGUCCCGAGUUAAAGAUAAUGAAGAACGAAUUUGAAAGUCUACCUGGCUAUAUGAAGGGUCUAGCAUCGUGGGAGGAUCUACUUGCGGCUGUUGAUAAGAUCAAUUCAAGCCUAAACAAGAAGACCAAAGGAUGCAGCUUCUUCCGUCAAGAUGAAAUCCCUUCUUUUAAUUUAGGGCCUAAAGCAAGAUCAUAUUUGCUGCUUUUAGUUCGCAUGAACCGUUUGAUUGUGGAGACGAUUGAUGGUGUGUUAUCAUACAGAGUGUUGUAGAAUAAGAUCAAAUGGAGAACCCUAUAUGGUGCACCAAAUAGAAUAAGUUGUUCUUUUGGGUUUGGAUAUACCAGCAUUUCUUUUGGCUGUGUUAUCAUCCAGUGUAAUUUUCUUCUACUUCUGUGUGGGAGUUGGAUAUACAGUGCCCACACCACCCUGAAUUUUUUUUUAAAAAGUCCUACUGUACAUUCCGAUGAGUGUAUUACUUUUUUUUUUUCGGGUCAUCUUUAGUUUAAAUUUAACAAUUCAAAUUAUUAGUGUAAUAAGUGUCUGGUUCGUUUUGUGAACAUAUUUUGUGCAAAAGGGGAGAAAAAAACGCUUUGCUGUUA